CAGAAUUAAGUGACAAUGGAUUACUGCUCAAGGGUGCAGCUUGUAAGGCAGGAGUUACUUGUGGAAAAUUCAAACUCCCCUGGAGUCUCAGAGGGGAGACAACCCAGUGUCCUCAGGAUGAAGGGAGGAAACUGUGCUUCAUCGAAUGCUAAUUUGACAAAUUGUGCUGGACAGGCAAAGUUGGUCAGGAACUCGCUUCAUUGGGAGGAAUUCUUUGGUUCAUCCUUGGACUUGGCUCCUUCUUUGCUUUCUAUCUAUGACAGCCUAGCCUUAGAGAACAACUUAAAUUCAGAUGGAAUUAACCAAUCAGAAAGCCAAAAUGGAUCACAUGAUACAAUUUUAUCCAAUCAGGAACAUCCUAUUGCAAUUCAGGUGAUAUCGAAUGAAUGUGAUACAACUGACUCUGACUCCAUCAUGGAGCUGGAAGGUCAAGGUAAAAUUUCACCAACUGGGAGGAGUGACCUUGACCCAAGUGAAUGUAAAAAACGACCUUUGAGUGUUGGGUCAGGGUCAUCUUCUUCCUCCUCGUCUCUCUCGCAUCAUGUGAUUAAAAAACCAAAUUUGUGUUCCAUAGACAGCAGUUCUUCAAAACUGGAGCAUAUUCUAUACAUCGAUGAUGAAAAAGGGGACCAGUCGAUGAUCCAAGAAAAAUCUAUCGCAAGUUCACCAGAUAUUUCAGUGAGUGAUUUAUCUCCAAACAAAAAUGAAGAGGAGGUAGUAGACACUUGCAAAUUUGUGAUUUCUCGAAACCAGUCUCAUGGAGUGUUUGUUGACCAAGAAGUGGGACCAGAGUCUUCAGAAGACACCUCACCUCAGACUACUAAGACUGCCAUAGAAACAGUGUCAACCGAAAACUCAAAAUCUGUCUCAGUAUCCCAGAAUUCCCUAAGACUUCCUUCCUCUCACAGUUCUCCAAGUAUUUCAGCAUCCGAGUGUUCAUCAGUUGUCUCAGUAGACAAUGCAUCCUCCGUUCUGCAACCCUCACAAAAUACUCCCACAUCCCAGUCCAGACCACCGGACUCGCCCACUAAGUAUGUCACUCGAGUCCAGAGGGUGAUCUCCGAGAUUGUGGACACCGAGAGGACCUAUGUCUCUAGCCUUAAUGAGAUUAUACAGGGAUACAUGAAAUAUCUAAAAUGUUCAACACAUCUCCGUCUUUCAUCAGAAGACAAGGAACGUCUAUUUGGGAAUCUGUUACAGAUUUACGAGUUCAGUGGGCGAUUUCUGGUGGAGUUGGAGAGCUGUGAAGACAAUGCAGCACAGAUUGCAGAAUGCUUUGUCCGGAAUAAUGAUGGCUUUUCUGUGUAUACAGAAUACUGCACAAAUUACCCCAGCGCUGUGGAAAUUUUGACCCGGGUCAUGAAGGAUGUGGAUUUAUCCGAAAUCUUUAAGACCCUCCAGCUGCAUCUCAAGCAUAGCCUUCCAUUGGGGGCCUACCUCCUUAAACCUGUGCAGAGAAUCCUCAAAUACCAUCUACUGUUGCAUAACAUUGUGAAGAACUUUGACAAGACAGAGGAGGGAUAUGAUGUAGUAGUUCACGCUCUGGAGCAGAUGACGGGGCGUGCUCAGCACAUCAAUGAAAUGAAGCGCAAACAUGAACAUGCAGUACGGGUCCAGGAAAUUCAGAGUACACUAGAGGAAUAUGAUGGGGAGGAUCUAACCACUCUUGGGGAACUUGUCUUAGAAGGGGCUUUCCAUGUAUAUGGUGCCAAAACAUCUAGACAGGUCUUCUUGUUUGAGAAAGGUGUCGUCAUUGCCAAAAGGAAAGAGGACUCCAUGCUGAGCUGCAAAGUCUUCAUUUUGUGCUCUAAUCUAAUGUUAGUGGAGAGUGUCCCUAAGGAGCCCCUCAGUUUUCAGGUGAUUCCCUUUGAUAACCCCAGAGGACAGCACACUCUACAGGCCAGAAACCUGGAUCAGAAGCGUAAAUGGUGUCAAGAAAUCAAGCGCCUGAUUUUGGAGAGCUACAAAGAGAAAAUUCCAGAAAAGGUCAAAGGGCUAGUGAUGCAGCUGGGCAAAAGUAAACAAGAGGAAAAUGUGGACUCUGGGACUCCCCAGAAGUUCCAUCAUCAGAAUGCCCCCGAGUAUUUGGAGAGGCGACAGAGACUGAGGAGGAAGUCGGGGGGAAAUAUUCUGUCUGACAUCCUAAAACCUCAGAGAGCCAGGAGAAACCAAAAACGCAAUGAGUCUGAGAGCCCCAGGACAUCUCCAACUGAGAGAAGAAAAUUUGCCUCCUCACCAGCCAAGCAGCAAGAUUCUGGAAAUAAUCAAAUAAAGGUAAAUGGAAGCAAAGAAAAUCAGGAAAAUGCCACAAGCAAAACAUCCUUACAACGUGAACACUCUUCUCCGAUGCUUGGAAGUAAAAAUGAUGAAGAAAAUUUCACAAACAAGAUGCCAUUGAAACGUGAAAAUUCCUCCCCAGUGAGUCGAAGUACUAGCUUUCGCACAGCUGUCAGACGGCAGCCUCUUACCUCAGUAGAUUAUAGUGAUGAAAAACUGAGUGAAACCAAAAAUGGGACAACAGAAACCUCCCCCACAAAGAGAACAAAGAGUUUUCGACUGGCAACUCGACUGAAUCCUCUACUUACAAAUGUUUUAGCAAGCCAUUCCUCAUCAUCAUUACCAGACGCCCCUUCAGUGCAUCAGCAAGAGGAGUUACCUCCCCCAUCUCAAGAUGGAGAGUUUAGGUCAGACAAUUCAACUCUUGACCAAAGAUACUGCAGCAUGCCAGCAUUGACAAAACCCUUAUCACCCUUUACUAAUAGACCCAACUCCAAAGUAGAGGACAGGCAAUCUUCCCGAAGGUUGAGUAGUAAUAGUUUUAACCUUGGGAGUCCUUCCAAAAAAGUAAUAGAUAUCAAGCAAUACUUCAGUAGAAAUAAAGAAAACUUGGAGGAUUCGCAGAACUUGAAACAGGAGAGUAAAUCAGUGACUGCCUUUCAUGACUCUUACUUGAAGAAAUCAGCUGAAACCUCACCAGAUAGGUCUCCUAAGAUUUACCCCCGAACAAUAUCACUGACCAAACCUCUGUCAGUGAGCAGUGUCUUUCAAACUCAGCAAAAAUCACAAGUGUCUGUUGAGAAAGACAAUGAGGACCCUUGGGUUGUGAAUCCUAAAGCAUCUACUGAGGACAUACUGACCACAAGUGCCUCCUCUGGCGGACAGUACAGACUUAAACGAUCCCCCGCCAAAAAGAAAUCUCACCAGAGGUCUCGGUCUGUGGACUUUGAGGUAGACGAAGAUUCACAAAAUUUUGACUGGAUUGUUUAUGCUAACAGAAACUCACUGCCACUGUCUGGAUUUCCUAAGGGAAGUGUGCCUCAUCUGGAAGCUUCUCUAAAGCCAGAUAGUGAACAUCUUGCAUCUCAUUCCCGAUCUAAAUCCUUUGAUGACACACUUAGUGCUCCUAAUCCUGUGUUAACCCAAAGUGCUACUGAACCAACCUUACAAUCUUUAAUCCCUUCAUCAGAAAAAGAGAUUUCUGUCAGAAACAACAAUCAAUCAUCAAAUUCCCAAGGAUCUCAGAAGUAUCAAGGAAGUUACUCAUCCACAAUACCCUCAAGGGGAGUGGACCAACAGUCUCUCACGAGUACUCCUUCACAAAAGAGUCCGUACCCUCUUUCAUACAUCUAUGGUGCUUAUACUACUGCUGAUUCCAAUGAAAUAGAUUCAUAUGGUGAUUCUUGGAGAAGCAAGUACUUUAAUUCACCAAGAUUCUGUGAUCAAAUUCAAAAUAUUUCCCAUGAUACACCAUUGGAAGAAGAUGCUCAUUUCCUUUCUUCUCUUCCUGUGAUAGUGAGAAAAGUGGAUGAACCAUCUCAUGCAAAAAUUUCUAGAUCCUAUUCCACACCUUGUGCUAACAAUGUGGAAAGGGUCCAAGGAGCAAGACCCCAGUCUUUCAAUAUUAACUUAAAUGAUCAUGAGAAACUUGUGGCCGAAAUGGAGGAUUAUUUGAAAAGAUCUGACUCCAACAUUACCAUCAGCUCUCAACAGAGGUUCCCUGUGCCGAACUUGAAUGACAGCAGCAAAGAAUCCUCAAAUAGGUUUUCUUACGCAUCCACCAUUUCAGGCUCAUCUUAUGAAAGCUCUGAAAGUCUGACAGACAACCAAAGUUCUGAUAGUAUUGUUGAUUCUUUGAAACUUAAAACCCAUGGGAAAGAAAACCUAAACCGUCGGUCUGGUUCCUAUGACAAUACAGUGCCUGAGGUGAUUACUGAAUCUGACAAGGACAAUAAAGCUAGCAUAUGGUCGUUGAAUACGUGGUUUAGCAGUCCAAAAAAGGAGCCCCUCCCAGAUCUACAGACAGUUUUACAUGCAGGAGAGUUAGGAAGUGCUACCAUUGGAUCAAGGAUGGCUCAUCAGGAACCCCUAUAUGCAGAAUUUCCUAACCUCUCCAAAGCUUCCCCUGAGUCUCACAGCCGCAACAGUGUUUCUGUGUCUGUGAGAGCAGAAACUUUACAUGAUGAACCGGUGAAUUUAAAGCAAUGUGAUUCAGCAUAUUCAAUUCAAAGUGAAGAAGAGACAAGCUGUAGAGAUCUGCCAAAAAGAACAAAUCUUACAAGAGCAGAUAGUUUUUAUGAAAAAAGACUCUCUAUGGCUUUCAAUGACACAGAGGUGUUUCGUGAUUCUGCUGUUUUCUGUGAUAUUGACACAACCGAGUUAUCCCCAGAAGUCAAAUAUGAGAAGGAGUCUCCUAUCAGGAGUCCAGUGGAACCAGCUUUUGAAAGAGAAGGUCGGAAAAAGAGACUGCCAGUAAAACAGUUUGUGAAAGAACUUGAAGAGCAAUAUCAUUCAAAAUCCACAGAAACGGUGAGAGUUCGCCACCGAGAGCCAGGAACAAUUAUAAGACAAAGAAUGGAGAGCCUCGAGAAGCAGACAAGGAGGUCACAAAGCUGCUCUAGACCAAACAGUAUUGAGAGAGAUCUCCGCCGAAGUUCGACUCCAGUUCGCAGUGUCUCCAGUAGUCCCGGUCGAGAUUUUAGGCGGAGCUCCACCCCAGCACGCAGUAUGACAGCAAGUCCAAUCAUGGAGAAUGAACUGAACAGAAAAUCCUCCAGUAACUGGUCAUCAACAUCAAUCACUUCUGGUAAAGCUGGAAGCCAAAAAGAUGACGGUAAACCUUCAUCCAAAAUGUCUAGCACUAAACAGACUACCGAGAGAUUACCAUUUAGAAGUAGGUCAAUCAGUCAAGACAGAGGGGCUAACCAAAGAAACUCCCUCACAUUUCCCAGUGGACAGACAUCUCAGAAAAACACAGCUCAAUUUCACUUGGAACGUCCAUUUCGAUCACGUUUCCUGAGUGAAGACUGUAGAACCUCUCAGCGUUUAAGUCUACCAAGAAGCAGUGUCAAUGCUAGCAUGGAGGAUAUUUCAUCCGAAAGGUAUUACAAGCGUGAAAGGUCAGCACCACCCUUUGGUGACCAGUGGUCAGGUGGUCAAGGAAUGGGAGGCAAAAAACAUUCAAUGUCUCUGGGUAGACUUGAUCAAUUAAGCACAGAUAUUGAGAAUCUUGUGAUAAUGAAAGGCUGGGUGAGACAGCUCAUAGAAAAAUUUCAGCCCAAUGUUGAUGAAGUGUAAAAUAAUCAAACACUUUCUUAUGUGUUUGUCUUACAUUUUUCUUUAUCUGUUAUUUUGUGAAUAUGUAUUCUAUGUCUGGUACAUAUGAUUAAUUUGUUUUUAAUUUUAUACAAUUUUUUUAAAAUCAUAUUUGAUAAAUAUUUUUGUCUGAUGGUUGUGACAACAUUAUAACAUUGCAUGUUAGAUACCACCAUUUUUCAAAGUUGCUCCAUUUAUUUGAAAAAUGCAGUUAAUUUUCUUUUCAUAUUAAAAAAAAAGUCAUUCACAAGUAUUUUUUAAAAAAAAAAAAAGAUAUCAUAUUUUAUUUCAUAAAAGAAGGCAAGAAAGGAAUUUAUUUUUCCCCAGCCUGAAAAAUAAAUUUUAUUAACAUGAAAUGCAUAUUUAUUAGAUUGUUGACAUUAUACACACAUACUUUGUUAUAAGCACAUGCCUAGAUACAUUGCCAUAAUUUUAAGAAUGGAUAACUAGCAAGAGCAAAUACUUCAACCAUGUGUUGCAACCCAUUGCUCAGCACCUAAUUUUUUUCAAAUAUUUUCUUAUAAAUCAUUACAUUCAACAGCAACCACAUGUCACUGAAAUAGAUUUUCAAUAUUAUUUUUGGUAAGAAAACUUUUUUUGUGAUUAAUUAGUUUUGUGAUUUUAUGGGAUAUAUAUAUUGGAGAUGUGCCUUGAGAAUCAUUGACCUCAAAUUAUAAAGUGCUAUUUCAAAAUAUGCCCCCUUACUCUUAAGUGCAAUUGAUGUAAUAGGAUCACCCCUUUCAGCAAAUAUUGUUAUUUUAAGCUGAACAUCUUCAACUAUGCAAUUUUGUAUGUUGUAUUUUUUUUUCAAUCCUUUUUUUGAAAUUUCCUAAUGAAUUUUAGUUUUUAUGUUUUAUAAGUAUUGAAUAACACUGAACAGUUAUGUAUACAGUGAUUGAAUUAAAGAUUUUACAAAAAUA